GCGUCGCGUAGCGGGCCCGUAUACGACAGUCUAGCGUGACCUCGCGUGUGGAACCGGCUGGAAAGCGCUCACGCGCCGCCGCGACCGUGCGCGCGCGGUGACCGUGUGUGGAAAAUGGCGCGUGCCACGCCAUUUCUACCUCAUCUGCGUCAUCCUCACAUACUGAUUGUGCCAGUGCUCUGUGUGUUAUCCCCGGUCGCCGCUGGACUUCCAGACAAUGCAGACGGUUCUGUGAAUCGCUUCGGGCAGUGGCGGGCGGCCACCCCGCCGCCGCCGACGCCCGCCACGCCUCCGCCCAGCGUAUUCCGCAACGGCGGGCGCCGCCAGUGCCCGCCGCGCGCCAGCGACGCCUCCACCAACGUCGGCUACGACCGCUUCGACCCGAACAGAUGCGUCGACGCCGACGUGGGCAUCCGCGCCGGCUGGCGGUCGGACCUGCAGGGCGAGCGUCGGCCGGGCGUGGGGCCGGAGCUGCCUCUGGUCACCAUCCGCACCCAGCUGGGGGAGCUGACCGGGUUCCGCGUGUCGCUGUACGACCAGCCCGGUCUGUUACCAGACGAGUGGCCGGCCAGCCUGCCGUCUGGCGUCCACAGGGCGAGAGGCAACGUGACCGUGUUCCUCGGGGUGCCGUACGCUCAGCCGCCGGUGGAGGACGGUAGACUCAAGCCGCCGCGGGCGCACCCCGGCUGGCAGCGAUUGCAGGCACUGGAUUUCGGCCCAGCGUGCCCCCAGCCGGCCAAGUACGUCGGCCCGGGACGCGGGGUCCGGGAGGUGGAUGAGGAUUGCCUCUAUCUGAACGUGUACACGCCACAGGUUUCCGGCAACGUCAAGGAGCCAUACGCAGUGAUGGUGCAUCUUCACGGCGGCCACUUUAGCCACGGCGCCUCCAACCUGUUUCCGGGUCACAUGCUGGCCGCCUGGGGCGAGGUGGUCGUGGUCACCCUCAACUAUCGUCUGGGGGCUCUCGGCUACCUGAGCACGGGCGACGACCAGUCACCAGGAAACUACGGACUGCUCGACCAGGCCAUGGCCCUGCGCUGGAUCCACGAGAACAUCCACUACUUCAACGGUGAUCGCAGCCGCGUGACCGUAUUCGGGGACGACGCCGGUGCGGCCAGCGCCGGUCUCCUGGCCGUGUCGCCGCGCACUUCUCAGCUGGUACACCGAGUGAUCGCGCAGAGCGGCUCUCCUCUGGCCGACUGGGGCGCUCUCUCCGACCCGGAGCGAGCGAGGAACACCUCUCGGGUGUUCGCUGAACGGAUCGGAUGUCUGGCCGACACCUCGUCCAAGCUGGUCAACUGUCUGAUGCGCGGCAGGAGCGCCCUGGAAAUCGGAGACGUCGAUUUUAUGCCCGACGUCGGUAUGUUCCCGUGGGCGCCGGUGGUACAGUCUAACAUCUCGCUACCUCCGACCGACUGGUACCGCGGCUGGACUCAGCAGGACUGGCAGGUGCUCCCCGAUCACCCGGAGCGUCUCUACAGAGAGCGCGCCUUCAGCUCCGAGCUGCGACUGCUCACGGGCGCCAACCGCGACGAGGCGGCCGGAUUCAUAUAUACGAACAGUAGUCUGGGGCCGGAGUUUGACAUUGACCAGCGGUGGGUGGACGAGCGAAUCCACGAGUGGGUUCUUCAGAACAACUACACACUGAAUGUGCGCGGCGUGGAGACUGCUGUUCGACAUCUGUACACUUACUGGCCCGACCCGCUCAACAGGACAUGGACCAGGCACAUGUUCGUCAAUUUUCUCUCGGACUCGCUCUAUCGAGCUCCCGUUGACGCCAUGGUAAAGCUGGCUCUGGAUAUGGACAUUCCGACGUACCAGUAUGUGUUCAAUACCAGCGUGGAGGCACUGAAGGCACCCUUCUGGAGAGAGGUCCCCCACGGACUCCAGUAUUACCUGCUGACGGGAGCACCCUUCAUGGAUCCAGAGUUCUUCCCUGGAGACAUCCGGAUCGACAGAAGCGAAUGGACGGAGCGAGACAGGAACAUGAGCCAGCUAUUCAUAGAGGCGUUUUCUAAUUUUGCCAAAUACGGUCGCCCAUCCCCACGUCAGAUCCUGGGCUACGUCAGCUGGAAGUCUGCUCUGCCGGGCGACCAGCGCUUCCUCAGCAUCAACAACACGUUCAACAGCACGAUGCACAGCAACUACCGGCAGACGGAGACGGCCUUCUGGACGUCCUACCUACCCACGCUGACUGCGAGGGAAUUGGUCACCUAUCGGCCGAUCACAGAGUUCUGGUGGGACAAACCCAGCGAGCCGCUGCACAUCGCGUUUUGGACGGUGACCGCGCUGGCCUUUUUACUGCUGCUGGUGGUAGCAGUGUUCUGCUUCCUCUGGCAGAACAAUAAACGAAAACACGAGCGUUUCUACGAGGAGACCUUCCUGGAUGGGAACAUGGGUGUGAAGGAGAACGCCCACUUUGCCUCGAGCAUCAGCAAGCCGCCAUCGCUGGCCACGGUUCAGGAUAACGACAUCAGCACGGCUACGAACCAAACCGAACUGUGAUGUGAGCGGGCUGAAAGAUCGAUCGAUGCUUGGAUCUGAGAUCUGAGAUCUGAGAUCUGAGAGGUCGCUAGCUGUGCUGGAUUUUGCUAGCUGUGCGCUAGCUGUGCGUUUAGUUUGUAGGCAAGACACUGCUGGAACCGGUGCCGGUGCAGUGCUGGCUUGAUUCUGUGCUUGAUCAACGCUGCCCUGUUGAUUUUUUGCUUGGCAGGGCUAGGAAAGAAGCUGUUACAGAUUGUUGUGCGUUGUAGGUUAGCGGUCCAAGAUUUUGCUAACAGGUUAUAGGGCCAGAGGCCAGAGCUGCUCCAUUCAUUAGAAUUAUGUAUAGACAGGUGUAGGCAUACUUCAGCGAGAAAUGACCACGGUGUCAUUUAAAAAUAAAGCCAUACGGUAGUACCCGCCAAACCGAUUCCGUCCAUUGCACGCACAACGUGGCAUUGUUGUCAUUAUCAUUAUCAUUUCCAUUGUAUAUGUACCAUGCAGUGUUUUUAUUUGCUAAUUUCUACACAAUAAUGCUAUAACGGUUCAAAGAAUCGGUGGGCAAACAUUUCAUGUUAACUUUUAGCACGCUGCAAACUUGUUCGUGUUAGUCACAGCGUAAGGCUGAAUCGAAGUUUUUUUUCAAGAGCAUGCAUGCAGCAUGCAUGGCAUGCUGAACCGCCAGAGCAUGUUAGGAAGAAUUGACCAAAAAGUUAGCCUGCUCUAGAUCGUACCAAUUUCAGCCUGAGUAAAUAAUCAACAAUCAUGUCGUGGAUAUCGGGUAUGCUUAUUGUUCAAAAAACGAAGCUUGUUUUUAUGUUACUAAGGCUGCAUGCUGGCGAAUGGGUUUCCAUUUUGCAUACAUGUAUGCAGAUUGCAGAUCGACCAUGUGUAUUGCUCAGCGCACUCUUUUGAGAGUCUUUGAUACUCGGACCCUCUGAUGAGAGAUAUCGAACCUGAAUAGACCUGACGAACUUAGAAUAGACCGAAACGCUGUAUUAUUACGCGUCAUGGUAGGGCGUUUUGUGCGGUGGUAGACGCUCUACGAGCCCUCCAUGUUAUUUGCGUUUGAACGCUAUGUGGCAUCGUUCACAUGUCAUUUUUUUUAUUAUAGGAUUUGAUAUUUGCUGCGUUUUGAUAAAAGUGUUCGCAUUCUGAUAACUAAUAAACACGGUAAAGACCA